CCCGUCCGCGCCGCCCUCCGCCGCCGCCGGCAGCCUCAACGACUACCACUUCCCGCUACCUUAGGUGCAUGAUUAUAGAAGACGCUAUCCAGCUGGUAUGACAGUGACAGCGUCAGUGUAGAUAUUGCGCGGUCGACAGCAGCAUGUCUAGCAGCGAGCCCACGCCGGCCGCCGCCGUGAGCGUGCGCCCCGCCACGCGCGCCGACAUGCAGCACGUGUACGACAUGAUUCACGAGCUGGCCGAGUACGAGGGCAUGCCGGACGGGCCGCGCCUCUCCGUGGACGAUUUGGUGCGGGACGGGUUUGACACGUCCCCACCGUGGUUCUUCGUGCUGGUGGCGGAGCGCGGCGGCGCCGUGGUGGGGCACGCGCUGUGCAACCGCGCCUACUCGUCGUGGACGCGCCGCGCCUUCUACGUGGAGGACCUAUACGUGCGGCCCGAGGCGCGUCGCUGCCGCGUGGGGCAGCGCCUCCUGCAGGAGCUAUGCCGGAUGGCGGUGCGCGAGGGCGUGACGCGCGUGGACUGGCACGUGCUGGAGAGCAACGCGCCGGCGCUGGGCUUCUACCGGCGGCUGGGCGCGCGCGACCUGCGCGUGUCCGAGGGCCGCGCCGCUAUGCGCCUGGACGCGCCGCACAUCCAAGAGCUCGCGCUCUCCGACUUGUGACGCGCCGCAACACAAAUCAUCUGAGCCGAAUCAAACAAUCAAAUCACGAUAUUAAUUAUUAAAGCUAUAACUGCUGUCUUUUAUUAAGUACCUAAUCAAAAUAAAUGUUCUACUUUUAGAAACAUUGUUAUAAUAUACGCACUAUAAAUCGCCAUGUAUGAAUGUAA